UAUUUAUCGACAUGUAAACCAAUAAAAAAAGUAGAAUCAGGCUGCAAUUUACAAUUUAUAAAAACUUUUGGGCUGCAAUUUGCAUUUUUUUUUUAAAUGGUUCUAAUUUACAAAACAAUAAUAACUUUAAAUAGCUGCAAUUUACAAAUUUUUGUUUAUAAACAUAAAACGUUUAGGUAUGUGAUUAACCUAAUCCUCCUCCAAUAACUUAUAUAGUCUUCAAAUCUUUCUUUCAAAAAAAAAAAAAAAAAAAAACUUAGUUUUCAAAAAUUGAAAACAAAUAAUUGAAAAUGAAAAUUCACCGCCACAACAAUGCUUAGAUACUUUAUCAAUUGUAUUUAUAGAAAGAUAAAAAAAUCCAACAGACCAAAAAUAAACACUGAAAAAGCAUCUCUCAUAACCCCUUUAUUGGGCAGUCUACUCUCCCACUAGUCUACUUCUCCACUGCUACCACUUCUGUUCUGCCUAAUAUCGCAAACUCAAACCAUCUCAUUUUCUUCCUCUCAAAUCUCAGCAUUACGUAGAGCAUUGGGAUUCAACAUGUCGAGGUUGGUAGUUUGGCUAGUGGUUAACAUUGUGUUACUAUGCUGUUGGAGAACUUCAGCAGAUACAGAGUAUGUUUUAUAUAAGGAUCCGAAACAAUCAGCUUCAGCUCGAGUCAAGGAUCUUUUGGGCAGAAUGACUUUGGAUGAGAAGAUUGGUCAGAUGACUCAGAUAGAUCGAACGAAGGCAACUCCUGAAGUAAUGAAGACUUACUCUAUUGGGAGUGUCUUGAGUGGUGGUGGCAGUACACCUUUGCCACAGGCUACUGCUAAAGAUUGGAUGGAUAUGGUUGAUGGAUUUCAGAAAUCCGCCUUGACUAGCCGUCUCGGAAUACCUAUGAUAUAUGGAAUCGAUGCUGUCCAUGGACACAAUAAUGUAUAUAAUGCAACAAUGUUCCCACAUAAUGUUGGUCUUGGUGCUACCAGGGAUCCUGACCUUGUGAAGAGGAUUGGUGCUGCAACAGCUCUUGAAGUUAGAGCCACUGGGAUUCCGUACACAUUUGCUCCUUGUAUAGCGGUUUGUAGAGAUCCAAGAUGGGGUCGUUGUUAUGAAAGUUACAGUGAGGAUCACAAGAUUGUUCAGGAUAUGACAGAAAUCAUCUAUGGUUUGCAAGGAGAACCUCCUGCAUCACGAAAGGGCAUUCCUUACGUCGGAGGAAAGGACAAAGUUGCUGCUUGUGCAAAGCAUUUUGUUGGAGAUGGAGGGACGACUAGAGGAAUUAAUGAAAACAACACUUUGACUGACAUGCAUGGAUUGCUUAGCAUUCAUAUGCCUGCAUACUCUGAUUCUAUUAUCAAAGGUGUUUCAACAGUUAUGGUUUCAUACUCCAGCUGGAAUGGAGUAAAGAUGCAUGCAAAUCGUGAUUUAAUCACGGGAUUUCUGAAAAAUACCAUGAAAUUCAAGGGUUUUGUCAUCUCAGAUUGGCAAGGAAUUGAUCGGAUUACUACACCGCCUGGUGCCAACUAUACAUACUCAGUGUUGGCUGGGAUUCAAGCUGGCAUAGACAUGAUCAUGGUUCCAUAUGAUUUCAAUGUGUUCAUAAGUGAUCUAACACAACUAGUGAAAAGCAACGAGAUCCCUAUGGAGCGUAUUGAUGAUGCUGUAUCGAGGAUCUUGUUUGUCAAGUUCACAAUGGGCCUUUUUGAGAACCCUUUUGGUGAUCCCAGUCUUACAAAGGAGCUGGGAAGUGAGCCCCACAGGGAUUUGGCUAGAGAAGCGGUGAGAAAAUCACUUGUUCUACUGAAAAAUGGUAAACCCGGACAAGCUCCGGUGCUUCCCCUUCCCAAACGAGCAUCAAAGGUACUAGUUGCUGGUGAGUAUGCUGAUAAUCUGGGUUAUCAAUGUGGAGGAUGGACAAUUAAUUGGCAAGGAUUCACUGACAGCAAAUCCACAAGAGGAACAACCAUCCUUAGUGCCGUAAAAUCUGCAAUUGAUCCAAGCACCGAGCUGGUAUUCCAGGAAAAUCCUACUGAAGACUUUGUAAAGUCCAACAAUUUUGAUUAUGCUAUUGUUGUCGUGGGGGAGCCCCCUUAUGCAGAAACUGCUGGAGACAGUGAGAACCUCACGAUGGCUGAUCCUGGCCCAACUGUCAUUAACAAUGUCUGUGGGGCUGUGCAGUGUGUUGUCAUAAUCAUAUCUGGCCGGCCUCUUGUCAUUGAACCUUACAUGAAUACAAUCCACGCCUUAGUGGCAGCAUGGUUGCCUGGGACAGAAGGUCAGGGAGUGGCUGAUGUUUUGUUUGGUGACCACGAAUUCACUGGAAAGUUGGCCAGAACUUGGUUUAAGACUGUAGAUCAGCUCCCAAUGAACAGCGGGGAUCCACAUUAUGACCCUCUCUUCCCCUUAGGCUUUGGACUCCAAACGGUGUCACUCGUCACUAGAUCUGUAUCGGCUGCUGCGAAUGGAGGGCCAUGCAUUUUCAUGUUCACUGCUUCUCUAUUUAUCAGUUUAUACGUUAAAGUUGCAUUAUGAUAGUAGAGUUCCAGGAGGAAUUGAUUAGAUUUAGAUUUGUUGGAUUAAUUAUGUUUAGUACAUUCUUUAUCCUCCAUUAUCUUUUUAUUCUUAAUUUCAUUUGCUUACAUUACCAUCAAUUUCUAUUCCUUCCCUUAAUUUAUUUCA